GGAGCCGAGGGAGAAUCCGGGUGGAAGCCGAGAAUCCAGCCCCGAUAGCAGCGCCCGGUCCCGCCCCGGCCCCCGCCGCGGCCUCUGAAGCCGAUCUCCAGCCGGCACCCACGCGUCAACACGGGAUCGAGCCCCGCUCCCCGCGGCCGCGGCUCCGGGAGGCAGGCCCGGAGGGUGCAGCCGUGUUUAGUGAAGAGUGUGGAGCCAUUGAGGGGACGUGGCCAAGUGAAGAGGAGCCGAACAGCCGCUGCCUGGAACUCUGCUUUAGCCUGGUGGCCCACUGAGUGAGUGCCAUGCAGCACCCCCGGGCCUGCCUGUCCUCUGGUCUGCUGCCCAGCCCUCCCAGGAGGCCCUGACGCCCUGGGGCACUUCUGCUCUGCGCAGGACCACGCGGGGGUUUGCCAUGGUGACAUAAAGGGCGUGGAGGAAGGAAGGAGCGCGACCAGCCUGCGGACUGCACCCCCGGCUGGGAGGAAGGGCCAGGGGCCCAGAUCCUCCGUCCCCGCUGCCUAAGUCUCUGUGGAUUUAUUCGUCAGCUGACGACUUUUGUGUCUCUCCUGUGUGGGGCCUUGGGGUGGCCAGGGCAGGCUGGGCCUCCGGUAGCCAAGGUCUUGGGGGCCAGGAUGCCUGCCCUGGCGUGCCUCCGGAGGCUGUGUCGGCAUGUGUCCCCACAGGCCAUCCUUUUCCUGCUGUUUGUCUUCUGCCUGUUCAGCGUUUUCGUCUCAGCGUACUACCUAUAUGGCUGGAAGCGGGGCCUGGAGCCCUCGGCAGAUGCCCCUGAGCCCGACUGUGGGGACCCGCCGCCCGUGGCCCCCAGUCGCCUGCUGCCGCUCAAGCCUGUGCAGGUGGCCACCCCUUCCCGCACAGACCCAUUGGUGCUGGUGUUCGUGGAGAGCCUCUACUCGCAGCUGGGCCAGGAGGUGGUGGCCAUCCUGGAGUCCAGCCGCUUCAAGUACCGCACGGAGAUUGCUCCGGGCAAAGGUGAUAUGCCCACGCUCACCGACAAGGGCCGAGGCCGCUUCGCCCUCAUCAUCUAUGAGAACAUCCUCAAGUACGUCAACCUGGAUGCCUGGAACCGGGAGCUGCUGGACAAGUACUGUGUGGCCUAUGGCGUGGGCAUCAUUGGCUUCUUCAAGGCCAACGAGAACAGCCUGCUGAGCGCACAGCUCAAGGGCUUCCCCCUAUUCCUGCACUCGAACCUGGGCCUGAAGGACUGCAGCAUCAACCCCAAGUCCCCACUGCUGUAUGUGACGCGGCCGAGUGAGGUAGAGAAGGGCGUGCUGCCUGGUGAGGACUGGACCGUGUUCCAGUCAAACCACUCCACCUACGAGCCGGUGCUGCUGGCCAAAACACGUUCGUCUGAGUCCAUCCCACACCUGGGUGCAGACGCUGGCCUGCAUGCCGUGCUGCAUGCCACCGUGGUCCAGGACCUGGGCCUCCAUGACGGCAUCCAGCGCGUGCUCUUUGGCAACAACCUCAACUUCUGGCUGCACAAGCUUGUCUUCGUGGACGCUGUGGCCUUCCUCACGGGAAAGCGUCUCUCGUUGCCUUUGGACCGCUACAUCCUGGUGGACAUCGAUGACAUCUUUGUGGGCAAGGAGGGCACACGCAUGAAGGUGGAGGACGUGAAGGCCCUCUUUGAUACGCAGAAAGAACUACGCACACACAUCCCAAACUUCACCUUCAACCUGGGCUACUCAGGGAAAUUCUUCCACACAGGUACUGAUGCCGAGGAUGCUGGGGACGAUCUGCUGCUAUCAUACGUGAAGGAGUUCUGGUGGUUCCCGCACAUGUGGAGCCACAUGCAGCCCCACCUUUUCCACAACCAGUCUGUGCUGGCCGAGCAGAUGGCCCUGAACAAGAAGUUCGCUGUCGAGCACGGCAUUCCCACAGACAUGGGGUAUGCAGUGGCACCCCACCACUCUGGCGUGUACCCUGUGCAUGUGCAGCUGUACGAGGCCUGGAAGCAGGUGUGGAGCAUCCACGUGACCAGCACAGAGGAGUACCCGCACCUGAAGCCGGCCCGCUAUCGCCGUGGCUUUAUCCACAAUGGCAUCAUGGUCCUCCCGCGGCAGACCUGUGGCCUUUUCACGCACACCAUCUUCUACAACGAGUACCCUGGUGGUUCCAGCGAGCUGGAUAAGAUCAUCAAUGGGGGCGAGCUCUUCCUCACCGUGCUCCUCAAUCCUAUCAGCAUCUUCAUGACGCACCUGUCCAACUACGGGAAUGACCGCCUGGGCCUGUAUACCUUCAAGCACUUGGUGCGCUUCCUGCACUCAUGGACCAACCUCCGGCUGCAGACGCUGCCUCCUGUACAGCUGGCCCAGAAGUACUUCCAGAUCUUCUCCGAGGAGAAGGAUCCACUCUGGCAGGAUCCCUGUGAAGACAAACGCCACAAAGACAUCUGGUCCAAGGAGAAGACGUGUGACCGCUUCCCCAAGCUCCUCAUCAUCGGCCCCCAGAAAACAGGCACCACAGCCCUCUACCUGUUCCUGGGCAUGCACCCGGACCUAAGCAGCAACUACCCCAGCUCAGAGACCUUUGAGGAGAUCCAGUUUUUUAACGGCCACAAUUAUCACAAAGGCAUCGACUGGUACAUGGAGUUCUUCCCUAUCCCCUCCAACACCACCUCCGACUUCUACUUUGAGAAAAGCGCCAACUACUUUGAUUCAGAGGUGGCGCCCCGGCGGGCAGCUGCCCUGUUGCCCAAGGCCAAGAUCCUGACCAUCCUUAUUAACCCAGCGGACCGGGCCUAUUCCUGGUACCAGCACCAGCGGGCCCAUGAUGACCCUGUGGCCCUGAAGUACACCUUCCACGAAGUGAUCACUGCCGGCCCCGACACGUCCUCCAAGCUGCGUGCCCUCCAGAACCGCUGCCUGGUCCCUGGCUGGUAUGCCACCCACAUCGAGCGCUGGCUCAGCGCCUUUCACGCCAGCCAGAUUCUGGUCUUGGAUGGCAAACUGCUGCGAACAGAACCCGCUAAAGUGAUGGACAUGGUGCAGAAGUUCCUUGGGGUGACCAACACCAUUGACUACCACAAAACCUUGGCGUUUGAUCCAAAGAAAGGAUUUUGGUGCCAACUGCUCGAAGGAGGAAAAACCAAGUGUCUGGGUAAAAGCAAGGGCCGGAAAUACCCAGAGAUGGACUUGGAUUCCCGAGCCUUCCUGAAGGACUAUUACCGGGACCACAAUAUCGAGCUUUCCAAGCUGCUCUACAAGAUGGGCCAGACACUGCCCACCUGGCUGCGGGAGGACCUCCAGAACACCAGGUAGCCACGGCCACCACAGCCAGACUGAACAAUGGUGAUGGCGGGGACGUCCCGCCCCACACUGAGCCAGACUGACCUGCAGAGUGGGGAGCUGGGCCUGGGCUGGCCAAGCACUUAUGAGCAAUACUCUGCUGAGGCCACACAGGGCCAGGAGAAGAGCCCCGGCAGGUCUACAAGCGCCUCAGAGCAUCCACUGCUGGGUCUGUGUCCUGUAGGACUUCCCUAGCCACCAGAGGUCCAUUCUGUUCACAGCCUCUCCUGGGGAGGUCUCUUCCUGUUGGUGGAAGGCCACUUUCUGGUAGGAGGGAGUCAUGAGACUCUCUUUUCUGUCUGUCCCUCACUGUGUUCUAGCACCCCUGUCCUCCCCUUCAGCCCACCACUCCCUGCUCCGGCAGGGUAGCCCCUCAGUAUCAGCUGCCAUAUUUUCCCUGUCCUCCAGAUUGUAAGGGAGAAGAGCCCAGCUGGGCCUUUUGCCAAACCAGGGAGAGAGACUGGACGUUUCCCUGACUGUUUCGAGCCAGGCCCUUCAGCGGGGUCAGCUGCGUACCAGAGUUAGUCACUAGGCUGGAUAUGAGGUGGCCACCUCAAGAGAGCUCUGAACCUCCACACUCUGGUUAAUACCUUCACAUCUCACCUUCCCUUUCUAGGGAGAGAAUCUCUGGUUCCUACAGUAUCACCCAGUCCUCAAGGCCUGCUUCAGGGCCUGGGGUGUGGCCAGGCCAUUUGGGCCCAGGGACCCAGGAUUCGAACCUCCCCCUUUCUUCAUCCUGGGAUAUGACCAGUGUGGUGUUUCCUGUGGUAAAAGACGGAGGAGGUGCAGGAGUCUGCCAGUAUACAUGUUCAGUGUACAUACAUUGUCCCCACCACCCCCGCCAGCCUCGGCCCCUGGCAGAUGUGGACAGAGUUGGAGAGACUGCUGUCUGCUGCUUUGCCCCAGCUACCUGUGGCCAAGGGUUCCCCCAGAUCCCUUAAUCUCCCAAAUACUAAGAAACUAAAGUAUUUUAAUUUUUUUUUCUUGGUGCCAGAGUUUAUACCCUGGGUGCUGGGGUCGCACUGUGUUUUAUAUAUAUAUAUAUAAUGUGUGUGUGUAUAUAUAUAUAUAUAUAUAUAUAUAUAUUAUAUUUUUUUUGGUUGGGUUUGUUUUUAAUUCAGUCGUACAAAAUGGCAGUAACCCCCAGUCUCCAAGGAUGGCAUAUCUUAGUGCUAGAGAAUGGGAUGGAAUGGGUCAAGGGUAUGUCUUGGAGAGUCUAGGCCCUCAAAGAGACAGUGUGAAGGGUCCCUGAGAGAGGUCUCUGUUCCCUCUCCCAAGUGCUGCAGCUGUCCUGGGGCUACCCCAGCUAAACAGAGGUGGUGAGAUGUUCAGGGAAGACCAGCUCUCUCCAGGAAAUCUGGCUUCAUGAAGCCUGGUGACCCUAGGGGAAUCUUGGCCAAAGGAAACAGCUGGGGCUGGGGUAGGAGAGCUGGGACCAAAUGUGGCCCUUCCCUGUCCCCCUCACAUGGUGCUAGGUCAGGAGCUGCCCUGAGAGCUGGGAUGCCCACCAGGGCCCAGAGACCUGCCUCCAGCCCCCUGACUCCCCCACCGUAGACAGUGGGUUCUCUGGGCUGUUUUCUGGUUGGGGUCUGCUCCUACCCCCCUCUUUUAACAAUGUGAAGUGACUGAGACUGGGGCACCUCUGCCCAGCCCCCUCCAACUGCCAAUUCAGCUUUGAACUGAGACCCAGGAAAUACUUUCUGGAGAGUCUUCUCUUGCUCAGAAGACUAGCAUCUUGGGGCUGGAAGGGUCCUUCAACGGGUAUGGAACAUGUCCAGAAAGGGGAGGUGGCUGCUUGACUGAUGUCACAGAGCUGGCAGGGAGCAGGGCUGAGCACUGUGCUCGAGGCUCCUGAUUCUGAGUCCAGUGUUCCUCUUCUCGUGCCACACUGCCUCCGAGCCCAUCCUUGGGACCCUACUCUGUGCCAGGUUCCUGUCCCUCCUUCAGUCACAACCGUGGUCAUUCCAGGAUAGGGGACAAACCACUCCUUCCCAGCCAGGGUGCCUUUGAGCCUUCUUGUUCCCAGACCUGCGUUUGCAUCUCUGUCUUGUCCCCACUCCUCGACAGGUCCUCCCCAGCCUGCUGGACCUGUGUCUGUCUUCCUUCUCAACUGCUUCCCUUUUCUCCGGUUUGCCUCUGGGGUGGAGCACAGAGUUGGUUACUCAGCGGGACCAGCUGCUUGUGGUUUCAUUGUGUGCAGAGUGCAGUGUUCCCAGCAAGCUUCUUACUGGGGCCUUUAAACCUGGGACCCUUGGGCACCAUCGGCCCAGCAGGAUUGAGUAGCACAGUGUUUGAUGACAGGGUGGCAUGUCUCUUCGUACACUCAGCACGACUUCCCCACACACUGUGAAACUAGACUCCCAGAGUGGGACAGCAACUUCUGUAGCGCAAACCCUGAGCCUCACUUCCCAUCUGUCCACAAGGGGGUUGGGCCCGGUGAUCUGUGAGUGAGGCCUGACAGCUCCCACAUUCUGAAAUCUACCUUCCCUGGGAGCUCGGGCUGGCCUCGAGCCGGCCCUCGUGGGGUAGGGGGCUUCACUUCUUUCUGCCUCUGGCCUCAGAGAAGAGCAGGCACGUUUGAGAACCUGGGAGAGCAGAGGAGAUACUCUGGAUUUUUGCCUAAUGAAUCUUUCUUGAGGACCCACUGGCCCAGACACUGCUGAGACUUGCAGGCACAGGGCAGGAAGGGAGGGAGGUCAUUUGCCCUAGGAGCUCUCAGGUGUAGCGGGCACUCAGAUCCCCUCACGAGAAGGGAAAACUGGGAUGAGUGGGGGCAGCAUCAUCAGUCUUUAAUGUCCACUAAUUCUCUGUAAGUGUUUGGCCCCAAAAAAGAGAGGGAGACAUAACUUAAACAGUGCAGGUGAUGCCAUUGUGCACUCUAUGGUCCACCUCCACAAAACCUUUGCCCCACGGUGGGUGCAGGUGGGAGGCGUCACCUGCAGGUGCCUCUGUCAUUCAGGAUUCUAGAGCCUUCUGUAGUGUGGGUAUCUUGCUGUUUGACAGAUGAGUCUGCAGUUUAAAUAUGGGCCUUUUCUGAGCCCCAAUACAUGAGCAGCCAGUGCUUCUGAGCCCAGCUGAGGAAGCAGCAUCUGUUGCCAGCAAGGGAAAGCUGCUGAACUGACCACAGAGAUCAGUGGUCCCAACACAGAGCCAUCCCCACCGGUUUGUUAAUGGGAGGAGCAAGUACAAAAAUGUUUUACCAAACAUUUUACUGUGAAUGCCCACUGUCCAGUGUCUAGAUUUAACAUGUACAUUUGCCGUAUCUGUUUCUCUCUCUCUGUACAUACGUAUAUUUUUCUGACCUAGUUUAAAAGUAAGUUGCAAACAUCAUGAGACUUUACCCCUAAAUGCUUCCACCUGCAUCUGAUAAGAGUUUGGGUAUUCCCCUACAUAUUGGCUUGAUAUCACAGCCAAGACGAUUUCCUAACAACAUCUGCUAUCCAAUCUAUAUUCAAAUUUUCCCUAAUUGUCCCCCAAAUAACUCAUACCUGAUUUUGAAAUUAGGAUCCAAUCAAGGUGCACACAUUGUUUUUUGUAACUGUGUUUUUACAAUCUCUUUGAAUGCUGAAAAGUCUUCCUUGUGCCCACUUUGACUUUUUGAAUGACACUAUUCUCGAGGCCCCAGACCUGCUGUCGUGUAGAAGUCCCACAUUUUGGAUCCGUCUGAUUGUUUCCUCACAGUGUCACGUAACCACUUCCUCUGUCCCCUGUUUUCAAGAUUAAUUUAGGCUAUGUGGGUAUUUGCCUUUUGCGCUGACUUGACAGCUUCGUUCUUGCCUAAGAUGCACCUCCACUGUCACCUGUACCAGGUGCCAAACCAGCAGAGGAGUCAGUCAGAGCUCCAGGAGCUCAGGGGAGGGGUGGAAGGGCUCCCUGGAGAAGGCUGCAUCAUGCUGGGCCUGGGAGGAAGGGACAGGGGUUCUCUGGAAGGAGGAGGCUGCCUGUGGAGGCUGGGCCAAGCAGCCUCGGGGCCUGCUGGGAAUGAGACACCUGUGGCUUGAAAAGCCUUGCUUCCCACUUCAACCCUGGGGAUGGGCUGCCAGGCACCGCACGGCAUUUCUCUUUCUGUUUUGUGGUCCCAGGAUUUUCACUUCCUGGAGACCUGUGGUCUGUGUGCCCUGGAGCAGAGCCAGGCUUCUGGGAUGCAACAGGGAGGGGCCCAGAUGGGGAGCUGCUUCCUGCAAGCUGCGGUGUGAGAAGAGCACUGGGCUGGAGGCAGGAGCUGUGAAAUUUCCUCCCAACUGGGCACCUGUAGUAGCUGCUCGACGUUCUUCCUCCCAGGGUCUCUGCUGUAAUUAUAUAAUUAUCUGUCGAAUGAGCAGAUGGGGUACAGCAGGUGUUUUCACAUGUCAGAGAAGCAAGGGGCUCUGCUCUGGGUGAAGCCUCCAGGCAACGCUAGGCUCCUGUUUUGCCGACUCCGGGCUGGUGCUCUUAGCAGCUCAGACUGCCGGGGAUUUUGUGUGGAAUCAAUGCCAAGAGCCGGGGGAGACUCUGGCUGUGUUUAAUCCUAAGAAGUUCAUCCCUCUCGCUCUUCGCUGUGGCCCUGGAGGAGAAUGAGGGGGAGAGGGUUUUCUAUAACUGUGCUAGCUUUUAUUAUCAGCAAGAGGGCUCCUUUUGUAAUUUGUGCAUGAAAUUCAUGUCGUUUCCUGGGGAGAGG